GCAAAAUGUGGCACGCUGCCUUCCUGUUAUUGGCUGUGAGCUUGUCAGUGAGCCUGGCCAGACCCCGCCUCCAACCACUGUCCAGCGAGAUGGUCAACUACAUCAAUAAGUUCAACACUACCUGGAAGGCUGGUCACAACUUUCAUAAUGUCGACUAUAGUUACGUCCAGAGACUCUGUGGUACGAAGCUGAAGGGACCUAAACUGCCAGUCCUGGUUCAGUAUACUGGCAGCCUGAAGCUGCCCAAACAAUUUGACGCCAGAGAGCAUUGGCCCAACUGUCCCACUCUGAAGGAGAUCAGAGACCAGGGCUCCUGUGGAUCCUGCUGGGCGUUUGGUGCUGCCGAGGCCAUCUCGGACCGUGUGUGCAUCCACAGCAAUGCCAAGGUUAGCGUAGAGAUUUCCUCAGAGGAUCUUCUGACCUGCUGCGAAAGCUGCGGCUUUGGAUGUAAUGGUGGCUACCCUUCAGCUGCCUGGGACUUCUGGACCAAGGAAGGACUGGUCUCUGGAGGCCUCUUUGACUCCCACGUUGGCUGUCGUCCCUACACCAUCCCUCCCUGUGAGCACCAUGUGAAUGGCAGCAGACCCUCCUGCACUGGAGAGCGUGGAGACACACCCCAAUGCAUCAACGAGUGUGAAGCUGGAUACACACCCAGCUACAAACAGGACAAGCACUUUGGCAAAACGUCUUACAGCGUGCUGUCAAAUGAGCAAGAGAUUCAGUCUGAGAUAUACAAGAAUGGCCCAGUGGAGGGAGCCUUUAGUGUCUACGAAGACUUUCUGAUGUACAAGACUGGUGUGUAUCAGCAUGUGUCUGGGUCUGCUGUGGGCGGACACGCCAUCAAGAUCCUAGGCUGGGGGGAGGAGAACGGCGUUCCCUACUGGCUCUGUGCCAACUCCUGGAACACUGACUGGGGUGAUAACGGAUUCUUUAAAAUUCUGCGUGGAUCUGAUCACUGUGGUAUUGAGUCAGAGGUUGUGGCUGGGAUUCCCAAUUAAAUUUAAGGUGUUGAGCUGCAUUGUCAAUUACAUAAUCCCUAGAGGGCGACUCACUCCACUUGCCUGCUCUGGAACUGACCAUAUUUACCUGCUUUUAGUCCCUUUUUCAUAGUUUAAGCCCACUGAUCAACUAGCACACAAUGCAUGUGGUUUUCUUGACAGCAGAUCAAAAAAGAGCAACUUUCACUUAAUUCAGGUGGAUUAGCACAAGGGAGUAUGACAGCAACUAUGUGCCUGAGCACAAAUCACUAUUGUUGAUGGUGGUUGGUUUUUAUUUUAUUUUUUUGGUGAAUGAGCUGCUGUGAGGUCUUUCGCCUUCCUCAAUCAAAGGCCGCACAGUUUUCUUUUAAGAAGCCAAUUUGUCACUUUUCUUUUUUCUAACUGGGAUAAACAUGUGGGCUGUCUUGGAGCAAUUAUGUGUCUAAUUUUUAAUUGUUUUAUUUGCCCCAACAUUAUAGGUCAGUGCCACAUGCCACUCCAUAAUGUUAGGAUGUAGUCAUUGUAAUUAGUGCCUGUUACUGUUUUUUAAACUCAGAGUAUCAGAUGAGCAAUUGAAGUUUUUAUUUUUUAAAUAUGGUUAGAAAGUGACUGUUGUCCACCUGUAUUGAUGCAAAUAAAACAAUACUUGGUUCCUAA